CCUCAUCUUCAACCCAGUUUUUCUACAUCUACAAGCAGCGCAAGAACCAUCGCACUUUACUCCAGCUGCUUGCGUACUUUUGCUAUCAAAACACGCAUCGCGCAAACGCGCUCGAUUUAAAUACAUCACCACAAACAUGGCGCUGGCAACCGUAUACAAGCAAUUUCUUGAUGCGCCGAGUUCGUCACAACUGGCUGAUGAUGCUACCCUCAACUACAUUACCACCACGACUAGUUUCAAGGGCUCCGACCAAAUAGGCAAACACUUCACUACUUCGGCCAAACAGCUCAAGAAGAAAAAGCAAGAAUUCCUCUCUGUUGUCGAGGGUCAGAACGCCAUCGUGGCUGAGGUUGAUACCGUUCUCGAGUUUGUCACCAGCGGCGGAGCUUACCUACCUGGUCUUGAUGACAAUUUCGUAGCUGACCGCACUGUUUAUCUUCCCAUCAUUCAUAUUGUCACCUUUGACAAUGAUGGUAAGAUACAGCAGAUUCGCCAGGCCUGGGAUCAAGGUUCUCUGCUAAAGCAGCUCGACGUCAUCGGAAAAUCCGGCCGCAAUUGGCCUAUUCGCGACAGCACCGAACAGAUUAAGUUGAUUGAAACUUCUGUCAAGUCAUCCAGUGGUUCCGAUUGUAGCCAAGACCCUCACGACUUAGCCGUUCGUUCUCGCGGUAACUCGACCAAUGUCCUACGAGAUCCCCACGCGUCACUCGCAUUGUUCGCCCCUCGCGAGGAAUCCGACGAAAGUAUAGCUGCUGUUAUCUCUCCUAGAGGUGGGACCCGGCCACGACAGCGUGAUUUCGCCGAGAUCCUAGGCGAUGAGCCGGUCGAGGGCCCUAGUCGGGAACGAUCUGAGUCUCCCAGUAAAGCAAUCGCCCCUAAGGCUGGCGCUGACAAGAAAUUCCAACCAAGUCGUCUUUUUGGGGACGAGGAUGUUGUCGAAGAGAGCAACUUGCCCAAUGCGGUUGCAUCCCCCAGCCGCUUCAUCCGACCCAACCCCAAGAAGUACAGUCACUUUGACUUUGCUGACGACCCCGAAGAGUUUCCGCAAGCGCCCGAUCUGAAUGCUAAGAAAACAAAGCAUUCGAGCCAGUGGUGCUUUGACGAUUUUAAUACCCCACAAAAGCCAAAACCAUCCAAGGUCUUGCAAAAGCAAAAUGUGCGCCAUUGGGGAACCGAGGACGACCAGGUGCAGGAGAGUCCCGUGCGCAAGGUUGCACCCGUCAAGCCUCGUCGUGAUGCUGAGACACAUUUCGAGUUUGUGGACGACGGCACCCCUACCGGAGAGCCUCGUGCUACGCGCCCCCGCGGUGCGACGCACAACAAUGGAUUGGGGUUGUACAAGAACAACUUGUACAGCGAGGAUGGGAGUGAGCCAGUCGAUGGUGAGGAACCUCGACCUCUAGGAGCCAUUACGAAUUUGAAGGAUCGUGGUCGAGAUUUUGAAGCCCAUUGGCAGAUGACCGAUUCGCCAGCCCAGAAGCCUUCGCCUAAGCCCCCUGUAGGGGAAGAUCGAAAGAAGGUUGUGAAGAUGAUGGACGCCAGCUGGUCCAACUUCGACCAGUCUCCCGGACAAAAGGAGAAUAAACCUAUUCCGCAACGCUCUGGCACCAAUGGCGAACGAGGAAUACACAUCGGCGGUGACGGAAUGGGUGGCGGCAAAGGUUCCAACCGCAACUGGCUCUUUGGUGAUGACGACGACAGUCAAACGCCCCAGCCGGCUCCUAAGAGAAAGCCCGCAACCGCAAACACAGGAGGCUUUAACUGGGACUUCUAGGCGACCCGACAUAACCUUCGACAUUGAAGAAGAAGACGCGCACAUUUACUUUUAUGAAUGAAAAUGCCUAGAUGUUACCUCAUGAAUUACGAGAAGAAUGCCAGGAAGAAGCAAGGUUCAGCGUCCGCGUGAUGGGGAUCAUAGGUUAUUCUGUGGACAGGGGCAGUUGACUUCCGAAAUUUUUUUGAGUACAAUUCCUCGUGUGUACUAGCAUCGUGUUGGGGUGUCAUCGUAACAUUGUGAUGAGGUUGGCGAUGCGAUGGUCAAGUCUUCCUUGGAGACCCGAGACCCUUCUUUAUUUUCCUUAAUUCCAAGUGUUAUGCUUGUCUCUUGUCUAUGUACAUUCUGCAAGCCCGCAUAUAGUUCUCUAUGUUGCGUUUCCCCUGUCCAAGAAUACAAAAAGGCAAUGAGAUAAUUACUUGACAGGAAGUCGUGGUUCUAUG